UAUUAAAAGACGGAUCAAAGUUGACAUCUUUCUCCGCUUCUUUCAAUCCUUUCUUUCCUUUCUUCCAUCCUCUAUCCCCCCAAUCAACAAAACAGCAUUCAUCAUGUCGGGAGGCGUUUACAUUCCAAAAUCUCGCGAAAAGAAUCUGCAUACGUACAAGUAUUCAGGAGCAGACGAUUCAUUGGUAUCAAAAUACAUCUUGGGUCCAUAUUGGAAUUGGUUGGUAAGCCUAUUUCCAACAACCAUUGCACCAAAUACCAUCACAGUCUCAGGUUUGGCUUUGGUAGGUCUUAACUUCCUCACUCUAUUGGCAUGGGACCCAACUUUGAAUUGUGGUGCUGCCAAGUUAACACCUGGCUAUGAUGCUCGCGGACCGAAUGAUAUCCUUCCGCCAACGCCGCUCUUGGCAAGAUUUGGGUUUCCCGAAUCAGUCAUUGCCAAACAAGAAGGAUCAGGAUCGGCUUGUAUGCCAGCUUGGAUCUUUUUGACCUGGUCAUUGGGUUUGUUUGCCUAUCAAUCACUAGAUUCCAUUGAUGGUAAACAAGCACGCAGAACGGGCAUGGCAGGUCCCCUUGGUGAAUUAUUCGAUCAUGGAUGUGAUGCAAUCAACACAACGCUUGAGUGUAUUUUGAGUACUGCUGCGCUCAAUGUAGGAAGAUCGUAUUGGAGUAUUGCAGCUUUGAUUGCAUGUUUGAUCAACUUUUACUUGACAACUUGGGAAGAAUUCCAUACUGGAACACUUUAUCUUUCCGCCUUUUCUGGACCGGUUGAAGGUAUUUUGAUGAUUUGUGUCAUCUAUUUAAUCACCGGCUUAGCUCCUUCUGGCAGUCAAUUUUGGGAUCGCGGUAUUCUAAGCGUGACAGGAUUGGAGCAUUUCCCAUUCAUUGCCAAGAACUUGCGGGAUUGGAACUUGCCGCUCAACGAUGCAUUCUUGACUUUUGGUGCUUUCGGAUUGGGAGCCAAUAUCGUUGCAAGUUACUCAAACGUUGCUAGAGCAAGACUUUCUCGCAAACAAUCUCCACUAACACCUUUGGCUGGAUUAUUGCCAAUCGGUGCUUUGUUGACAUGCAUGACACUGUGGAUGACUGCUCGUGAUGCUCAAAUUAUGGCAGAUGGACAAUCGUUCGUUGCACUCUAUUGCGCUUUCGGUUUGAUGUUCGCUUACAGCGUUGGUUUGCUGAUCGUUGCUCAUGUCACAAAGGCCAAUUUCCCAUACGUCAACAUCGCUUUGGGAUGGGCAAUCAUGGGCACAAUCGAUGCUCGUUUACCCGAGCCUAUCUUGCAAAAUUCAUUAGGAGGCGUUCGAUUAGUAGCAUUUGGCGUUUUGAGUAUGAGCUUUGGUUUGUAUGGUCAUUUCGUAUAUGACGUCAUUACAACAAUCACAAAAGAGACUGGAAAGCCAUGCUUCUGGGUACCCGAUAGCGUCAAACCGGUUGAAGCAAAGAAAGCAGAAGGCAAAAAGACAAAAUGAGAAGUAAAACCCAACACUAAAUUUGAACUUUAUUAGAUUUAUAGAAAUAUGGAUUAAUACCGUACACUAAUAAAAAGAUAUACCGAAUCUUGCAACCCUUUUUUUUGUUUUGUAUAGUUGUUGUCUUGUAGGAUAAUAAUAUUCCGAAUCAGUAAUCAAUCAUCAAUCCCAU